AUCAAGUAAUUAAUUUUAAAACGGAAUACCAUAAGUACUACAUCACAAAACCGACACAUCUAAAAGGCCGGGUGAGGAUCUAGUUGGCGUCCUUAGAGGCAACUGUAUCCUGCAGUUAACCGGGUUUUUUUUUUUUUCUUUUCGAGAUAGCAGUCCUUCUUUGUCGUCCUCAUUAUCUCGUUGUACCUACACGAUGGCAAUCCAGACAGGUGGUGCUGCCUACAAGAAAAAAGACGGCAUACUCACCCUCACCCCGGACCGAAAAAAUGUCAUCUGGACCCCGAACUCUGCACCAGAUGGCGCACCGACGGUAUCUCUAAAGAUAUCGAAUAUCACCAAUCUACAACAAACCCCAGAUACCGCUGCCAAGGUCAUGCUCAAGAUAUUUGAUAAACCCUCAGAGGAUGCUGAACCGGUGGCCUACCUCUUCCAUUUCAACUCCCCCUCAGAUCCAAGGGCAGAAGCCAAUGCUAUCAGAGAUCUCUUAUCCAAAAUUCUUGCCGAGGCCAAGAAUAACGACCCUAGUGUCCCGCGAGCAGCUACAACAUCUACCGGGGGUAGCGGCUCAGCGUCUAUGGCAUUCGCUAAUACCGCUGUAUCCAAGUCGGCAGCAGCGCGUCUAUUCGACGACGAUGCUUUAAAGAGCGACAUUGCGCUACAGCAAUCACUUAUGAAGGCGGAUCGCAACCUUUCUCAGAUGUACAUGGAAGGUCGCAAGAUGAAGCCCGAUUCCAUAUCAGAUGCUACAUUUAACACGCAAUUCUGGACUGCGAGAAUCAACUUACUUCGAGCCCAUGCCAUCGAGAAUAGCCAGAAGAAAGGACCCUACAAUGUUUUAGCUCAAGUGCGGCCUACCGUACAGCAGAGCACAGAUCCAGAUAAACCCAGUGAAUUAAAGCUGAAGUUUAGCGUCGAGCAGAUGCAGAUGAUAUUCAGCCAGCACCCUCUCGUCAAACGCAUCUACAAUGAGAACGUGCCGCCCCUAGAGCAGGAUAAGUUUUGGAUGAGGUUCUUCCUGAGUAAGCUAUCAAAAAAGCUAAGGGGAGAACGCGUCACGGAUUUAGAGCCACCUGACAAAAUAUUCGAUAAAUAUGAUGAGUAUGAUGAUAUCAAGGCCUUCAACAGCAAGUUCCUAGCGCAGCACGUGCCUCACAUCAUUGAUAUAGAAGGCAACGAAGAGAACCAGGGUGGUUUCAGGAGCGGCAACCGGAAGGAUAUCGAGAUGCGACCAAGGGGAAGAAAAGAUGUACCAAUCAUUCAAACUUUAAAUAGCAUCAGCGAAAAGUUACUAACUACUGUCGUAUCGUUCGAAAAUGACUCUACUCAGCAAGCAGAGUUAGAUGAAGACAGUUAUCGAGAACUCGCACUACGCGAUCUACGGGGGGAUGUUGAAGAGAACCGCAUAAUUCUAAACAUCAAAGAACAAAGCAGGUUUUUCUCCUCGAACGAAACCGGCACCAUCUCCGAGACGGCAGCGGUAUACGCAAAGCAGAACCCAUCGGAAGUGCUCAAGGGUGUACAAGGCGAUGUGAGAAGCCUGAACACGUAUAGUGCUGGAGGAGUCGAUCUUCACGCUUCAUUAGGUAUCAAUGAAGACAGCGACAGCGAAGAUGAGGGAGAGAAGGUUCCUCAUGUAGGGUCGCGAGCGUCGCGAAAGAGUGCACAGAAACAAAUCCUCGAGAGUAUGGGGCAGAGGCGCUCUCAAUUAUUCGGUCACGACUCAGAUGAAGCUUCGCCCAUGGGGUUACCUGCAGAUAUCGCCCAUUCUUGCAGUUUAACCCACGCAACUACCAUAGAGUUCCUGCAUCAAUUCUGGUCGACAUUCUUAUCUGGUGACCCUGACCGGGCUAUCGAGCUUGGAUAUCUGGCCGAAGCUCUUAAGCGAUCUAAAGAAAGGAUAGACGCAGUUGCGGCAGAAGCCGAGACGGCACGAGAAGCGCAAAUCAAGAAGAGAAAGGAUGAAAUUAUACGAAUUUACGAACAGACCAAGAGAAAGAUCAAGUUCAAUUCUAAGUCUGUUCGUGGCGGUAAGGAAGCGGUUCUUAAGCUCAUGGAGCCCACGAUACAAUCUCUAGAUAAGGCUAUAGCCGAUUAUCAAAGAGCACUGGCUGCCGAGGGCAUCCAGGUCAGCACGGAGCGGUGAGAGAAUUGCAUACCUUACCUGGUUACCUGGUACCUACCUAGAGGCAUUGGGGCAUUCAAUUUGGGUUAGAUGGGGAAAAGGGAUUGCAUGAAACACGCUCUCGUAACGGGCUUAGCCUCCGUAAUUACCUAUAGUAUGAUAGUAUGAUACCAACUGGGCAGUCUUUUAAACGACGGAUUAAUAACAUGUUUUUUUACAAUGUACAAUUAAGA